AUGGCGCAGUGGGGGUGCGCCAAAAUCUUCUGCAGGGCGGCUGCAGCGUGGCUUCCCCUUCUCUUCUCAUCACUGCUAUGGCAAACGAUCUCCCCCAUACAUGCCAACCCACCUUGCCCACAUAGCUGUAGCUGUCCGGGUGUUAAAGAGGUCCACUGCACGUUCAGACACCUCACCACCAUUCCCAAAACCUUCCCCAGAGACACAGAGAGGCUCAACCUUGGAUAUAACAGCCUGACGGAGGUGGAGGGGUCAGAAUUCAGGUCCCUACGGCAACUGGAAAUGCUCAUGUUGCAUGGCAACGACAUCAGCACAGUCCACCCUGGGGCAUUUUACAGCCUUAGAUCACUACAGAUCAUGAAGUUGAGUUACAACAAGCUAACAUCCGUGAGCCCAGGUCUGUUUGAGGGCCUUGUUAGUUUGAUCCGUCUCCACCUGGACCACAACCUCAUUGACUUCAUAGAGCCAUACUCCUUCUCUGGCCUUACGUCCCUCAAACUCCUGCAGCUGGAGGGGAACCUUCUCAAAGAUAUCCAUCCUCAAACCUUCAUAACAGUGUCAAUACUAGGAAGCUUUUGGACCUCAGGACUCAAACACUUACACCUGUCAGAUAAUCUGUUGGAGCAGCUCCCUGCCGAAGCACUGAAGACAGCUCCAAGGCUGGAGCUCCUCUCUCUACAUGGCAAUCCCUGGACCUGCGACUGCCAGCUACAGUGGUUGGUAGAAUGGAGCUCCACACAUGACGGCGUAUUAAAGUGCAAGAAAGAACGUGGCACCAGUGAGAUUUGUCCUCAGUGCUCCUCUCCUCAACCCCUGAAUGAGACUUCUUUGCUGGAACUGACCCCAGACAAGCUUACCUGUGAACGACCAGAUCUUCGCUCUGCUCUAAAAAAAUGGGACAAUCCUCUGUGGGCUGAAUCUGAAGCAGAGCCGGACAUCCCCUACAUUCGAGACUUUGAAAAGCCUUUAGGACAUCUGACUUUUGUUCUCUCUGACAGCCAUGGAAACAGUGCUCAUGUGGCAUGUAACGUGCGACACCCUGGAGACAGUUCACCCAUGUCUUGGACAGUAAAUCCACAAUCACUUGGGGAGUUAUCAGUCAAUGUGUCACUGGUGACUGUCCUUGAGUGUGAGAUUGAUCGAGAGAUGUUGCAAGAUCUAUGGCAAUUGGUUGCAUAUUACUAUGAAAGCCCUGCUAUCUUGGAGAGAGGUCAACUAAGAGGGAAUGCAAGCAGAGUAACCUAUCAAUAUGUGCAAGCUGUAAAUGAAAAUUCCCCGUAUUUUACAGAAUUGAACGGGUAUUUGGUAGCAGAACCUUCCUGGCUGCUUCAACCCAGAGUGACCUUGAGGCUUAACAGACAGCAGACAACAACCAAGAAAUUGGUGAUGGAUUUCACAACAGUUAUUACCAAGAACAUCAAUAGCCAUAGAGGGUCGAUAGAUGAGAAUGACCUUGCUGUGUCCUGGGCUCUCAUUCGCAGAGGGACAGGAGGGCGGGUAAAAACUGCUCUUGAGGGUACGAAGGUUCUCUUGGAGUGCAAUGUUGUCACUUCGGAUCCAGAGAUGAAAUUGGAGUGGAUCCUUCCAGAUUUGUCCGUUCUGGAAGAUGCAACUGAUAAAAUUGAAGUUUCUGAAAGAGGGGAACUUGUGAUUUUAAAUGUCACACAGUCUGACUCAGGCCUUUACCAUUGUAUGGUCAGAACCAAAGCUGGUGUGGACUUGAUGCCUCUGAGGCUCACCAUCAAAGAACUCUUGCUCAGCCCCACUGCUUUCAAUGGUCAGAAGAUUGUAGUUGAAAAUGGUAAAUCUUUUACCCUUCCUUGUGAGGUGACCUCAGUCCUGCCCAGUCAAACCAUGUGGUACCUACCCAAAAAUCAAAUUCUUCUCCCCACGCAGCAGACAAAACGAACAGAAGUGAAGGAAAAUGGGACUUUGGUGGUAAGGAGGUUGACACAAGAAGAUGCAGGGGAAUACACCUGCUUGACCUCAAAUCUGUAUGGGGUUGACAUGCUAUCACACAUGGUGGAGGUCACAGGAGUAAAAGCCUCUGCCAGGUCUAAAGUACAAACUGUAAAAGAGAAGAAGGUGUUGCCAGUUGACUUGGAGGAGGUAGAAGGUUCAGGGGCAGAUUACCAGGAAAUUACACGUCCAUUUGCUACACAUUUGCCUAAGAAGGUCGGACCACAGCAGAGGAAUCCUAAUGGGCUUUCAAAAAGGAAAAUAAUUAAAGAUUCAAAGAGAAAACCGAAUAAAUCUGUUAAGGAACUAGAUCCAAAUCGUUGGGCGGAGAUACUGGCUAAAGCUAAUGCUAAACCAAGUGUUGCCCUUUCCACAGAGCCGUUGCUACCAGAGCCAAGCACUGAAACUUUCCAAACAAGUCAGUUUAUACCAACGACAACAACUGCUACAACAAUUGCUACCACCCCUUCUGCUAAUAGGAUAAAGAUAACACGGUUCCCCAUCAACACAAAUGCUAUGACGGAAGCCUAUUAUAUAAAGAAGGAAGGAGAUCAUUCGGAAACAUCUGAAAGUUUGCCUGAAGUUUUACCACAACCACCACCCAGUUAUAGAGAACCAACCCCACACCCUGUUGGUGCAAUCACAGAAAAACCAGAAGCUGUCACACACCCUCCUGUUGAUAGAACUCCUCAGCCAGUCGAUGAGUCCGAAAAUAAGCACUCGGGAGAGGGGAGAAGGAACCACGUUGUUCCUGAUCAGUCAACCAGGAGAAGGCCUCCUUAUAGACGUAGAAAACCCACAAUGAGGAGAGUACGCCCCCACGGACGACCCUUCUACCAUCAAACAAACAAGCCUCAAACCACAGACUCCCCGACAACAACCACCACACCAACAACCACCACCACCACACCAACAACCACCACACCAACAACCACGACUGCUACGACCACUACUACUGCCACCACUACUACUACUGCAGCGACAACAACACCUGUUCCAGCCACAGUGGAAAACCCAGAAACCCUAUCUGCUGAGUAUCAAACAGAGGAAGAUGAAAGUGAUUACUAUGAAUAUAAUGACAAGGACAGUGGUAGUUUUGAUGCCAAGAAAGAUUUAAACACUGAAACCCCUCAUACCAUCCAUUAUGUUGACCGUAGCCAGACCACAUUACUGCCAGCCAUAGAAAAAGAUAUAGGUAGCUCUCCACCUAAACCAAAGAUAAUUGUUACUCCAACGCUUAAUGGUACCCCUCAUCCAACUCAAGGGGCUGUUGAAGAAAAGGAGGACAAUAUUGUAAAUCUCAAAGAAUCUGAGAGACAGAGGAUCAGAACUCAGACUGAAGAAAAGACCAGCCAUGACAAAGAGCUUAAUCGAGAGACUGAAAAGAAGGAGAUACCAGUAUCGGUAGGACAAGGAAAACAGAAACUAGACUCUGAAAGCUUUGAGGAAGACGAAAAAAAAUCUGAAAAGGAGUGGGUGUCACAGAGCUACAAUACAAGGGGUAGUAUCCAGUUAACCUCGCAACCUAGAACAAGACCUAACCCUCAACCUUUACCGGAACAACAUACACCAACCGAAACAAGAACUUCAUCUUCCAAGGUCAUUACAUCACAAUCAACCAGUGACAGAACAAGAGAAGAAGUUACACAAAAAGAGAAUAAAGAGGUAGCUAAGCCAAAUACGAAGCCUAGUUUCCCAAUAAUGGAGCCAGUUCACCCUUGGCUCCAUCAGAACAAACAGGGAGGAAUGCAAACUUCUACUUCCAGGACACACUCAAACAAAGACAGACAUACGGGAGGACAAGGGGGGGUAAACCCAGGCAGACAUUCCCAGCCUCCCAGAGUCCCCCCUACCUCCCGCUGGCCUUCAACCCAUCAUCAUCAUCAUCAUCAAAACCCCUACUACCCUUCCUGGCCUGGUCAAAGACCAUUUCCCUAUCCAAGGCAAGCUACAGGGUCACACCUUGUGCCAACACAACGACCCUGGUUUCUCCCCCAUCCUUGGGCUCACAUCCCCUUUGUAACCAACCGACCAGAGAUCACAGCUGAAACAGCGAAGCCCACACCGACAGUGUUUGGAACAAUGGGAAACUCCAGAGUUAUAGUCGCUUAUCCUCAUGUGUCACAUCAUCAUCAACAAAAUCAUGAUGUGGAUGGAAGGACACAAAACAGAGAUCAACUGUUUCUGUCAAGGCUGAGGAACAGAUACAGACAAGCUCAGCUCGAUCGAAUCAUACAGCUGGGGAGGAUGGUGACACCCAAACCUCGCACUAGCUAUCACAAUUACAAGCAGCAAUCUUCAUCGUCAUCAUUCUAUGGUUUCAGUCCAACCCCUCGUUCUUACCACCCCACCACCCCUGGAGUUCUGUAUGGAGGUCAAUGGCCUGUUGGAGCAGGCCGGUUCAACUCUCGUCGGUCCACAGCUGCACCUCCUUUCCCAUGGAUUCUUGGUGCUGGAAGUGGUGGGCUGAAGCCCCGUAUUACCACGGUAACCACAGCUAGUAUGUCAGUACUGGCUGAGAGUGAUGUGUUUCUGUCCUGCAAAGCAACCGGGAACCCUGAACCCAACAUCGCAUGGACCAAAGUCUCUACAGGUGCCACAAUCCCAGCCAACACCAAGCAUGGUCCUCGUUUUGAAGUCUUCAAAAAUGGAACUUUUGUUAUAAAAAACAUCCAGCUCCAGGAUAGAGGCCAGUACCUCUGCACAGCCCAGAACAGCUUUGGAUCAGAUCGCAUGGUCAUCACCCUAGCUGUCCAGACCGAGGCACCCAAGAUCCGGCAGCCGGCGUCCACAGAGAUAGCAGUUUACCUAGGGAAAAAUGUGAAUCUUGACUGUUUCGCUUCGGGAAAACCACCUGCCCAGAUUUCCUGGAUUCUUCCAGACAGGACGUUUGUACGUGAAGUUGGGACUGUUGGCACUCCCUUUUCUUCCCUGUCGCUGCUUCAAAAUGGAACACUUCAAAUUCAUUCUCUAAAUUUCUCCAGCAAAGGGGACUAUAAGUGUAUUGCAAGCAAUGCAGCAGGUGCUGAUACAAUCACUUACCAUCUCCAUGUGGCAGCCCUACCUCCAAGCAUCAGUGAAGGAGGAAUGGAUACUGUGAUCAUUCAGCCAGGCAGGAGUGUGUAUGUCCACUGCACUGUAAAGGGCGAACCAGUGCCUACUCUGAAAUGGAUGCUGCCAGCUGGAGUCCAUGUUAAGCCAACACAGUAUCUUGGACGCAGGCUCUUUGUCUUCCCCAAUGGGACACUAUAUGUGAAGAAUGUUUCGCCAGCUGAUGCUGGGAGUUACGAGUGUUUGGCCACUAAUGCUGUUGGCAUAGCCAAAAGAGUGAUCCAGCUGGAGGUGAGGUCCGAUCCCCCCUCCUUCUCACGCCAGCCUUCUCCUCUCCCCAUCCCUCCAACAACCCAACGACAUGGUGUGCCUUCCCGACAGCACUCUGUCUCGGCUAUGUACGGUUCUGCUGUCUACCUCCACUGUCCAGAGUCUACCGGAUCCACAAGAGGGACGUACUGGCAGCUUCCCUCCAAAACCAUUAUCGAACACCGAUACAGUCCAGAGAGACCAAUUAAAGUUUUCCGUAAUGGGACACUGAGGAUACUUCAGCUAACAGAGCUGGAUGGUGGAAAUUAUCUGUGUGUCUUUCCGCGGCCCAAUGGGGAGGAUAUGGAGCUGUUCCAGGUGGAGGUGAUUAUGACCCCUCCCAAAAUCGAACAUGUGAGGACUGCACAGACCAGGGUCACCUUUGGAGAGAAUUUCCAGGUGGACUGUGUUGCAACAGGCCUCCCUGAUCCAGAAGUUACAUGGAGCCUUCCAGAUGGAACCUUAAUUAACAAUGCCCUUCAAUCGGAUGACAGCGGACAUCGCAACCGCCGCUAUGUUAUCUUUGGCAAUGGAACUUUACUUCUACAGCAAAUGGGCAAGAGAGAUGAGGGUGACUAUACCUGUUAUGCCAAGAACAAACUGGGCAAGGACGAAAGAAAAGUUAGCGUCAAGGUGGGACCGAAUGCCCCGACAAUUGGGUUGAAAUCCCAAUCACUGGUUACAGUAAAGUUAGGCGAAUCGGCUACAUUUAGUUGUCUGGCAACUGGUGAACCUACUCCAAAAAUCAUGUGGAUCUCACCAAGAAAUGUUUUGAUAUCUAUCUCAUCAGAUAGAUAUCAAAUCACGGACGACGGGACGUUAGUGGUGAAAAAAGUUCAAAUGGCAGACGAAGGCAAAUAUGCAUGUGUUGCACGCAAUUCUGCUGGUGAUGAUGUUAAAAACAUGAAACUUGAAGUUGAACUCCAGGAACCCUUUAUCAAUGGCAUGAAAGGGAGGAGCACCACAAAGGUUUUGGCAGUUUCUUACCAAACCGCUCACCUUGAUUGCAGAGUGGAAGGAAAACCUGAACCAAGAGUAUCAUGGGUAACUCCUUAUGGCCAUUCGCUCCCAUCACUGUACCUAGGCGGGCGCUUCCAAGUCCACCGGAAUGGGAGCUUGGAGCUGAGAGGAGUGAGGAAAGCAGAUGAAGGAAGGUACACAUGUUUUGCUAAAAACAAUCUGGGUGAAGCCUCACUUUUGGUUGAGUUAGAUGUGGCAUCAAUAGCAGAGAAACCAAGUUUUGCUUUUCCCAAUAUUGAAAUCUUACCAAUAAAGCAAGACACAAGGGCGUUCUUCCUGGAGUGCCCUGCUCGUGGCAAGCCACACCCGGAAUUUGCAUGGGUUCUACCCAACGGGACAAUGUUAGCCCCUGGUGUUAAACUCCAACGCUUCACACAUCAUCUGGGUAACGGAACUCUACAGAUCUCUCAUCCGGUUGCAAGUGAUAAGGGAGUAUACCGGUGCCUGGCAAAAAAUGUGGCAGGACAGGCAGAGAAACGUUAUGCGCUGGAGGCGGGAAGAAAGCCAUUGAUCAGGGGAACCCCAGGUGGGAUGAAGAUUACUUACGGUCUAAAUCUCAACCUACCCUGCACGGUGGAUGGCUGGCCGCAGGCAACCAUCACAUGGACCCUCCCUAAUGGUCUUGUUUUGGACAAACCUCAAACGAUUGGCCGGGUAUCUUUUCUUACCAAUGGUACCCUCCAACUCAGGCAUGUCGCAACCUUUGACAGAGGAACAUACACCUGUAAAGCGUUCAACUCUUUUGGUUCGUCAACGCUAUCCUACCCAGUGGCUGUUAUGGUUUUCCCCCCACGUGUCACCAAUACGCUGACCUCAAUCACAAGAGUCAACCGGGGAUCCCCAGUGAAGUUAAACUGUGUUGCGUCUGGUAUUCCCAAGCCGGAUAUUUCAUGGACGUUGCCUGGACGCACAACGCUGGCUCCACAUAACCGGUUUGCAGUGCAAGGAGGGAUUUACAUGACAGAGGAGGGCAGUUUGGUCAUACAGAACCCUAUGCUCAUGCACUCUGGCAUUUACAAAUGCAACGCUAAAAACGCACUUGGAACAGACUUCAAAUCUACUUACCUACAAGUGGUCUGAGUGACAGUAAUUAUUCUAUUGGGAAACUGUCACAGCAUAAUUAAGACUGAACGCGGAUUUUUCAAGAGGAUUUGAAUAUCCUGCGUAAUAAAGAUAAAGACAGACUUAAAACUGCCUGAAUGGCAGUGUGGCUUGAGGACCCUUGAAAAGGUUGUGGACUUCAUGGAUAACAUCCAACCUUUUGUGAUUUUAACUGAAGUUUUUGUGUAAAGGAUGCAGAUGUCUUUCUUUUUUUGACUUUUUAAUGCAUUUUCACUUCUCAAAGUGAAUAAUUAACUCACGGCUCAAGCUUUGGUAUUAUGGCAUGACCCUGUAGAUGUCAUUUCACAUUGCUCAUACGACAUUAUAAUACGUAAAUGUUUACCUCACAGUACACUUUAUUUUGACAAUGCUGGUUCUGCAACUGAGAUAAAUUAAGACUCUUUUCUCUUGGUAUUGAUAUAUUUGUAUGUAAUGUGUACCCAUGAUGAUUAUUAAUAUGUGCUGGUAGAAUUACAAUUUACAGUGAUUUGAGUUUGCAGGACAAAAAUGCUUUAGCAAACACCAAAGAGACUUUUCCCUGGGAAGUCAAUAACAAAUUGUCCAGCAUUUAUUCAAUACUACUUUACAAUUAGUCAACAAGCAGUAAUGAGGAGUGAAGUGUAUAAUUCCUGAAUGCAGGUAUAUUAACUAUUCUUUUCAUAUAUUUAUAAAGUGUCAUAUUUUAUAAACAUUGAGUGAGCAUUGAUUUUUUUCUAUGUGGAUACAAAUACCCCUUAUUGCUGCUCUACAGCUGCUCUAUAGUUUGUAUCAGCAAAUAAAUUACUGUAUGUACCAAUGUCAUUUAUUCAUUUUCAAAAUGUUGGUAAAGAAAUAGUUUAUAAUAAUAUCUAAGUUGAGAGUUUACAUUAACUAUUAACAGUUUCGGGACACCGGUACAAAACGAAGGUGAACAUAACGAAAAAUAUGUAUGUACUGUAUAUAAAU